UCCAACAAAGGCCCAAACUGCAGGACACAACCCACUGACCUGGUAUUCAUCGUAGACAGCUCACGUAGUGUACGACCUUCUGAAUUUGAACAAGUCAAGGACUUCUUGUCUCAGGUCAUCGAGUCUCUGGAUGUCGGUUUAAAUGCAACAAGAGUCGGAGUCCUCAAUUAUGCCAGCUCUGUCAAAAAUGAGUUCUCCCUCAAAACUCACAAAACUAAAGCUGCAUUGCUUCAGGCAGUCAAAAAAGUCCAGCCUCUGUCCACCGGUACAAUGACAGGCCUUGCCAUUCAAUAUGCCAUCAACCAGGCUUUCACUGAAGGUGAAGGAGCACGUCUGAGAUCACCAGGUAUCAAGAAGGUAGCCAUUGUAGUAACUGAUGGCCGACCUCAAGAUGGUGUAAAGGAUGUCUCUGCUAGGGCUCGUCAGAGUGGUUUGGAGCUGUUUGCCAUUGGGGUAGGACGCGUUGAUAUGACCACUCUUCGUCAGAUUGCCAGUGAGCCCCUGGAUGAUCAUGUAGACUAUGUAGAGAGUUACAGUGUAAUUGAGAAGCUCAGCAAGAAGUUCCAAGAAGCAUUCUGUGAAAUGGCUGACCUCUGUUCCACUGGAGAUCAUGACUGUCAGCAGAUCUGUGUCAGCACUCCUGGAUCUUACACUUGUGCCUGCAGGGACGGAUACACAUUGAAUGAAGAUGGCAAGACCUGCAAUGGUAAAUUUCAGACAUGUGGUGCAUCAGCUAUUGAUCUUGUGUUUCUAAUUGAUGGAUCCAAGAGUGUGCGACCAGAAAAUUUUGAACUUGUCAAGCAAUUCAUCAACCAGGUUGUGGAAUCUUUGGAUGUUGGAAAUAACAAGGCACAUGUCGGUGUAGUUCAGUACUCCAGUUCAGUAAGACAGGAAUUCCCCUUGGGCAGAUAUAACAGUAAGAAAGAUAUUAAAACUGCAGUAAAAAAGAUGGCUUACAUGGAAAAAGGCACCAUGACCGGCCAAGCCAUCAAAUAUCUCAUUGACAACACAUUUACUAUCUCCAAUGGAGGAAGACCUGGUGUAUCCAAAGUUGGCAUUGUCUUCACUGAUGGUCGUUCCCAGGACUACAUCAAUGAUGCUGCUUUGAAAGCCAAGGAACUAGGUUACAAGAUGUAUGCUGUCGGUGUGGGCAAUGCUGUGGAAGAUGAGCUGAGGAUGAUUGCCUCAGAACCUGUGGGUGAACAUUAUUUCUACACAGCUGAUUUCAAGGCCAUGAAGGAAAUUGGCAAGAAACUUCAGAUGAAGAUUUGUGUGGAAGAGAAUCCCUGUGAAUGUGAGGCAAUUGUGAAGUUCCAGAGCAAGGUGGAGGAACUCAUCCAGUCAUUAACAAGGAAAAUUGAAGCUGUAUCCAAGAGGCUCACCGCUCUGGAGAAUAAAAUCACCGUGUGA